CGCCGCAAAGCAGAGCUAUUUGAAAUGCCCAAAGGUGUAAUGACGAUGGGAACAUAGCGUGAUAUACAUUCCACAUUUCCAAAUUUUCGUUUCCAAUGACGACAGUAUAGAGCCAGGCUGGGCCUCUGCGUAGGGGCAGCGCGCCUGGGACAAACCCAGUAACACCCACUUCAGCUGUCACUUUACAUAUUUCCGUACGGCACCUUGCUCGGCACAGUCUGCACACUUCUGCUAAGUGCCAAUAUUAACAGUCAUCGAAAUCGCGACAACAGCACCAGUGCGUCUUACGUCAUAGGUCACCACAUCCGUCUACAGAACGCCCAUUCCAUCUCUGUCUUGACGUGGCUGUAACAGUUAUGCCAAUAAUAAUAGCGGUAGUUGUAGAAUUAUUUAUGGUUUAUUGUUGUGGGAUUGUGCGGUACGAUGCGGCUUACUCACCCUUGCCUUCGUAUUCAAGCCUCUUCUUAUAAGAGAAACUAAGCUACGAUCAGAGGAAUACCCGACGUGAGUCUUCACGGGGCAACAUUUCGGUUUUUGUUGAAUACCUGCCAGUGCUAAAUGUAAUUAGUGCGCGGACUUGCACGUUAAGGAUACCGAAUUUCACGAUGAUGACAUCGCCGUCAUCAUUGAGAUCGUUGAAAUCGGGAUCGUCAAUGUGUUUGAACCUCGGAACAACGCAUACAUUGAUCGUCGUGCUUGUCACUUUUGGCCUUGUGCUUUUCGACGUGAACGUGGUAACGGCAGCAGGAGAUGGACUAGUUCAACGGGAUAUCGACUCUAUCAGGAAUAAGUUUGAACCAGACCGCAACGUCACGGUGAGUACCCAUAUCGACGUGGUGCCAUCAACAGCCACUACCCCAUUAGACCAUCCGUCGAGACUACUAUCUACUACGAAUCCAGUACGACCUAAUCGCUUGGAUACGCUGCCUGUUAUCAUGACAGGAAGCGGGAGUGCUUUACCUCCAGACGAAUUAACACAACAGUCGAGAGAAUCGUAUCGUGAAUUCUAUAUGGAGGGACAAUGCUUCCAUCCAACGUCCUAUGGCCAAUGUUUGGAGUUUAUGACAUGCUGCCUUCUGCAUCGAAUUCCUCCGCCCUGCAGUGUUUUAAGACCAUGCGGUGUCAUGAUCAGUACGGUGCCAUGUGUCCAUAUGCCUCCAGUCAAACAUCUUUUCCCCUCCCCGGGGCAUGUUACAUUCCCUGAAGAUGACACGAUUCAACCGACGCGUCGUCCAUCACCACCACCAUAUAACAGUAAUAAUGCUGAGAGUUCACCUUCACGCAAUUUGGAUGUCUAUCCCCCGCGGCCAAUGCCUCGCCCGAGGCCUAUUCCAGAACCUCAGCCUGAGCCUAAUCCAGAAUUCUGGCCACGGCCUGAACCGGCAAAGCCGCUUCCAGUUCCGAUUCCAGAGCCUUUUCCUCGACCGUAUUUUAAGCCUGUGCCUAUAUCAUUCCCGGAGCCGAGCUAUGAACCAAUACGCGAACCAUAUCCACAGUUCAUGCCUAAACACUAUCCAAGACCGAUGCAAGAACUAUACCCCAGACCUGUGCCCGAAACAAAUCCGAGUGCGAUACCCGAACCGAUUCCAGAACCACAAUUUGAGCCUAUCCCAAUUUCAGAACCAAAGGUUAGCGUUCCUACCCCAUAUCUGCCACCCUUUCAGUGUCCCGCCCAACGUGGGCGUUUUCCCGAUAGCAGAGACUGCCGCCGCUACUGGGAGUGCGUCGGAUACCAAUCAAAACUGAAACACUGUGACAGCGGUCAACUGUUCGACAAAAAUCACCUAUGUUGCCUGCCAGCGCAUACUGUUUCACUAUGUUGAAUGCCUAAUUGAUUUAUCAAGAGAUUAACUAGGUUAAUAGCUAAAAAGAUGCCCAAAUAGUCAAUACAGGGCACACGCUUACAUCAUAAAUUGAACGGUCGAAGUAGGAAGUUAGCUAGCCAGCAUUAUUGUGGUUCAUUGUUCUCUCCGGUAUGAUCAUUCUGCUAUCAUACUGCACGUUUCAUCUCUAAGUCACGUUUGUGUCCAUGUCAAUAAUUGCUUUUCCUUCGACGAGGAACAUCUUUGAAUGCCCCCCGCCCCAACGGAUUUUUGGAUAAUCUUUUUUUUUUUUUAAUUUCUGUAAAGGGCUUAGUAGCCUUAUCAUUGACAGCGUUACUUCAUUCUGAAAGGAGUACUAUGUACAUUAUACAGUACACGCAUGUUGUACAUAUCGAUUGCUGGACUCCUUAGAUCAUGCCUUCGUCGGCUGUACUGUUUGUUCUGUGUUUUAAAGAAAUCCUUGUCAUGGCUCAGAAACUAGAGAGUAGAUGUUUUUGUGGCCGUCCUAUGUGCCUUUUGGGAUAGUUGUUAAGCUAACCCAGUAACAUUUUUUUAAUGGUUUUUGUCAAAAUUAACUGUAUAGAUUUAGAGCUAACUUAUUAGGGAGUAAGAUACACUUUAAAUAAAAUGUAUUUUUGUUGCUAAAAAUAGAGUAACAAUUUUCCAUACAAUUUUUUUAGAAAGGUACUCAAUUUGAUGAAAUUAGGAAUAUGCAAGUGUCUGUUGGUAAUCACAAUAGUGGCCUCAAUUAUCUAAACUGUAUCUUAUUGCUUCGUGCAUAAUUGUACUUGUCAACAUCCAGUUCAGCGCGGGUCGAAACAAACGAUCUGUAUUUCAGUUUUUCUAUACGAGGCCGCUUCUUAUACAAGAAAUUCUGGUCGCCAUAUGCCGAGGACUGAUUUGCGGCCAUUCAUUAAAAACUAUGCAUAAGCCAGUAUCAUAAGCCGUCAAGGGGAAACGAUACCGUAGAACCAGGAGCUCUAGCUUAAAAAAUGCUCAAGUUUACUCAAUUGAAACGUGCCACGGAAUCUGAAGAGGCGUCAGCUUAGACAGAAGCGUAAACCUAGGUUUGGCAUUCAUGAUUAAAGAAGCUGAUAAGCAGCGGCACUAGCAGUGACUAUCUAAAAGAAAUAAAAAACAAUAUACGUAUACAACACAGACAGCGUUGUUGUGUUUUUCGUUACUAGGUGAUAGGCUAAUCAACACAGUAGUAUAUGUAGGUUUGCUCGAAUUCAUUCAACUCAUAGGCUACUGCUUGACGCGGAACGUUUAGGUUCACCCAGUAUGAAGCAACUUGUCUUUGUGCAACACAAGUAAAGGAUAGGCCUAGGAGUUGUUUCAAUGCGUUUUCACACGCUCGGUGGUAUCCAUCGUUACCAUGGCUGCCACCUAACGUAUCUUCUCACUUGGACAGACUGACUACACGGGGCGAGGGGCAUUUCCAUAGUGGCUGAGUAUGUUAAAUGCCUUUUAAAAGCCUCAUCUCCGGGGUAUUUAAUCGUUAUAGGAAACAGCGGGACGAAGAGAUGUGGACGAGGCCGAACUCGAGGCGCGAAUAGCCAAGGAUCACAUCUGUCAUUGGGUGACCGACUGUGCUUGGCAAUUGAAUGAGCUGAUAUGCAUAAGCUGAAACAAGCAAGCCUUUCCUUUAUUGUUCCUAAUGUUACCGUAAUGUAAACAGCGGAUGAUUGGUCAUACUAUGAUGAUGUGGUACAAAAAAUAACAACAAAUACAUACAGUGAGUGCGUCUUAAAUUAAAUAACUAAAGCAGAAACAAAAAAUGUACUAUCUCAGCAAAUUUCUACUGGAUUCCGUAACCGUUUUCUAUAGAAUUACUGAGUGCCACGCGAAUUGUACUAUGAAUCGUACUGUUGGAACCUACGAUGCACAUUACCAUACCUUAUUAGAAAAGCAUCGAAAUGUUAUCUGCUUCACGCGUUACCUCGUCAACGCCUGACAAUGAUC